UACCCUUCUCUGCUGUCACUGCAGACGGGCAGUGUUGCCUACAGAGCAGCGCUAGUAUCUGUGAAUGAAGUUUUUUUUUUGUUGUUGUUGUUUUUGAGGUCCCAUUUCGUGGGGCAAGAUUUUUACCACUACCCCUUGUAACUCAGUUCCAAGGUGUUAGGUUGACACUCGAAAACAAAGGGUAGGGGUAAAAAGAAGAAAUGGGACUGGGCCUAAAUAUUAGAGGAAGAUGUGUUGGAUCUGAACUAUCCAUGGUGCGAGAUCUUCAGGACCAGGAUUGAGCACCCGUGAUUUACAGCAUGUAUACAUGCAAAAAUGUUUGAUGUCCUGGUCCAAGCCUUCUUAUGCUCCUAGUGUCCAUUUGCCUGCACAGUUAAAAUUUACGAUUACAAACGCACCAGGAAUCAUCACUAAGAGGAAUACCCCACACUGCUGCAAUCAGGAGAGACUGGAUGUGAGAAUAUGGAACCCAGCGCAAGCUCCAGCACUCAGCAGAUGUUCUCUGGUGCUCUCUGCGCUACCACAUAUCGCAGACGAACACAGAAAAAUGCAGAAAAGAAGAGACCUCAUCACUGCUCAGAGUGCGGCAGGAGUUUUGCUCAGCGGUGUCAUCUGCAGCAGCAUCAGCGCAUCCACACAGGAGAGAAGCCGUUUCGCUGCUCAGAGUGCGGCAAGAGUUUUAAUCAUCCGAGCAGCUUCCAAAGACACCAGCGCACUCACACGGAAGAGAAACCGUAUCACUGCUCAGAGUGCGGCAAGAGCUUUACUCAGCAGUGUCACCUCCAACUACACCAGCGCGUUCACACCGGAGAGAAACCGUAUUACUGCCCAGAGUGCGGGAACAGCUUUAACAGUCAGAAUAGUCUUCAACGACACCAGCGCAUCCACACAGGAGAGAAGCCGUACGACUGCUCAGAGUGUGGGAAGAGCUUUAGGAACAAAGGCAGCCUCCAGUUACACCGGCGCAUUCACACCGGCGAGAAACCGUAUCAGUGCUCAGAGUGCGGGAAGAGUUUUAAUCAGAUCAGUAAUCUCAGAUCACACCAGCGCAUUCACACGGGAGAGAAGCCGUACGACUGUCCGGAGUGCGGGAUCAGCUUUGGUGACAGGAGCACCCUCCAGAGACACCAGCAGAUCCACACCGGCGAGAAACCGUAUUACUGCGCAGAGUGUGGACGGACUUUUAUUCAGCGUUGCCACCUGCAGCAGCACCAGCGGAUUCACACCGGAGAGAAGCCCUAUCAGUGCUCGGAGUGCGGGAGGAGGUUUAUUCAGCUGGUCAGUCUCCAGAGACACCAGCGCACUCACACAGAGGAUAAACCGCAUCAGUGCUCAGACUGCGGGAAGAGCUUCACUCUACAGAGUCAGCUCCAGCUUCACCAGCGCGUUCACACCGGAGAGAAACCGUAUUACUGCGCCGAGUGUGGGCGGAGUUUUAACACUCAGAACAGUCUCCAUCGACACCAGAGAAUCCACACAGGAGAAAAGCCGUAUCAGUGCUCAGAGUGUGGGCGAAGCUUCAGAAACAGAGGGACCCUCCAGUCGCACCAGCGCACUCACACCGGAGAGAAGCCAUAUCAGUGUUCGGAGUGCGGGAAGAGCUUUAUUCAGAAAAGCAUCCUCAAAACACACCGCCGCACUCACACGGGAGAGAAGCCGUACGACUGCCCAGAGUGCGGGAUCAGCUUCGGAGACAGGAGCACCCUCCAGAGACACCAGCAGAUCCAUACUGGAGAGAAACCGUAUUACUGCGCAGAGUGUGGGUGGAGCUUCAGACAUCUGACUUCUUUAAAGAAACACAAGUGCAUCAAGAUCACGCGUGGAGUUUCUCAAAGCAGCGGCUGUGACGUUUUUUUCAUUAAAUGUGAGAAUAUGGAAGUUGGAAGAAGCUCCAGCACUGAGGAAGCGUCUCCUGAUACUGUCCACACUAGCGCUCCAAGAGCUCAUCCCUGCUUAGAGUGCGGGAAGAGUUUUACUCGGCUGAGUUAUCUCCGAAUACACCAGCGCAUUCACACCGGAGAGAGACCGUAUCAGUGCUCGGAGUGUGGAAAGAGCUUUCGUGACCGUGGUGAUCUCAGGACACACCUCAGGAUUCACACCGGAGAGAAACCAUAUCACUGCUCAGAGUGCGGGAAGAGAUUUGCUCAGCUGGGUCACCUCCAAACACACCAGCGCAUCCACACCGGAGAGAAACCGUACCACUGCUUGGAGUGUGGGAAGGGUUUUAUUGUGCAGAGCAGUCUCCAGCUACACCAGCGUACUCACACCGGAGAGAAGCCGUAUCACUGUUUGGAGUGCGGAGAAAGUUUUAACCGCCAGAGCCAUCUCCAACGACACCAGCGCAUCCAUACUGGAGAGAAGCCGUUUGACUGCUCAGAGUGCGGGAAGGGCUUCAGAGACAGAGACACCCUCCAAAAACACCAGCGCAUCCACACCGGAGAGAAGCCGUAUUACUGCUCCGUGUGUGGGCGGAGCUUUAACCAACAGAACCAUCUCCGAAUACACCACCGCAUUCACACCGGAGAGAGACCGUAUCAGUGUUCAUUCUGUGAGAAGCGGUUUAGUGACCGGAGCACCCUCCAAAAACACCAGCGCAUCCACACCGGAGAGAAACCAUAUUACUGCGCAGAGUGUGGGCGGAGCUUCAGACACUCAAAAACUUUAAAGACACACAAAUACAGUCACCUCCAAGUACACGAGCGCGUUCACACAGGAGAGAAGCCGUAUCUGUGCUCAGAGUGUGGACUGACAUUCAAUCAGCAGAACAACCUGCAGCUACACCAGCGCAUUCACACCGGAGAGAAACCGUUUCCCUGUUCGGAUUGCGGGAGGAGCUUCAGUCGUCAGAGUCAUCUGCAACUCCACCAGCGCAUCCACACCGGAGAGAAACCGUAUCGCUGCUCAGAGUGUGGCAAGAGCUUCAGAGAUGGAGGAACCUUCAAAGCACACCAGCGCAUUCACACAGGAGAGAGACCGUACGACUGCGCAGACUGCGGGAAGAGCUUCAACCGUCUCAGUAGCUUCCAACAACACCAGCGCAUUCACAAAGGAGAGAGACCGUACGAGUGCUCGGAGUGCGGCAAGAGCUUUUCUGUACAUAAUCAUCUGCAGCGACACCAGCUCGUCCACACAGGAGAGAGACCGUUCCACUGCCCGGAGUGUGGAAGGAGUUUUAAUCAGCAGAUUCAUCUGCAGCUGCACCAGCGCAUUCACACCGGAGAGAAGCCGUAUUACUGCUCAGAGUGUGGACAGAACUUCAGGCACUCGAGUACAUUCAAGACCCACAAAUGCGCUACGAGGGAGCUGAUAACGUACGACAUUGGUUUGUCUGAUCAAGGUAACUUAACAGAAAUGAUGUGACCUGUUUAAAGGUGUUCCUGCGAUGGACUGGCAACCUAUCCAGGGUGUAUCCUGCCUUCAAUGCGGUGACCGCUGGGAUAGGCUCCAGCUCACCCUGUGACCCAGAAGGAUACGUGGCUUAGAAAACAUGUGUGUGGGUUUAAGCGUAGAGCUUUUUUCCAGGUCCAGGACUAUUUGCUCUGCGAGUUCGGUACAUUUGGUUGAGCGUGAAGCCUGUUUUCGAGCUCAGUAGCGGAACAGAGAACUAAACUCUGGUCAUCCUGAAAUCCGUGGUCUUGGGGAACUCCGGUGGGUCCACUGGAUGUGUGGAAGCUCUCUGCUCCCAGCGCUGUGUGGGGCUGCAUGAUUGGUUCAUUCUGUAAUGUGACUGCUUCGACUUAUUGCAUCACUUCCCUUUUCGAGCAUGGAAAUGGGGGAGAGGGCUACUGUGGACAGAAAGAGCUGCUCCUCACCGCUUCAGUGUUUGUAUCCAGGUAAAAUAAAGCAUUAAAAAAAUAAAUUAUGAACUUUAUUUUAUAAGUAAAUUAUUUGUCAUGUAAUUGUAGCACUGAGUGAUACAAUAUACAUGGAUUCUUUUGACUAAAAUGUUUAAAUGUAA